AUGCUUCCUCCAGCCCUCAACAUUCCAAAAUGGCUCGAAAAAAACUCCCAUCUCCUCCAACCCCCUGUUAACAACUACUGCGUCUACCAUCCAUCUACCCCCGCGACAGCCGGCUACACAGUCAUGAUUGUCGGCGGUCCCAACGCACGAACAGACUACCACAUCAACACAACACCUGAAUUUUUCUACCAAUACCGAGGAUCGAUGCUGCUCAAGACAGUAGACACCUCCACGACGCCGCCCACCUUCCACGACAUCCCUGUCCACGAGGGGUCUAUCUUCUUGCUCCCUGCGAACACGCCUCAUUGUCCCGUGCGAUUCAAAGAUACGGUCGGUGUCGUGAUGGAGCAACCACGACCAGAGAAUGCAGUAGAUAUCAUGCGGUGGUACUGCAGGAACUGCCAGGAGAUUGUGUGGGAGAAACGAUUUGUGUGUACAGAUCUGGGCACACAGGUCAAGCAGGUCGUGGAGGAAUUCGCGGCAGAUGAGGAGAAGAGGAGAUGCCAGAACUGUGGACAAGUGGCUGCGGUAAGGUUUGCGGAAGGGGAGCUGGUUCAACCGCCUGCGCAGCCUGAGUGA